GCCGGUACGCACGCACCCACACACCAGGACUCCAGGCAUCCGGCGUGCGCAGUGCGCGCUCACGGAACUACACUUCCCGGCUCUCCCCGCGCAUCCCGUGACACUUUGUGGACCGCGGGCGCGGAGCUGGGUUUCAACAGCUGCACUCCUCGCGCUCGGACCCGGCCCUCGACUCGGCCUCCGACUUGGACCCAGCUCCACCAUGGAGGAGGCGGACCGAAUCCUCAUCCAUUCCCUGCGCCAGGCCGGCACGGCAGUUCCUCCAGAUGUGCAGACCCUGCGGGCCUUCACCACUGAGCUGGUUGUAGAGGCCGUGGUCCGCUGCCUGCGUGUGAUCAACCCUGCCGUAGGCUCUGGCCUCAGCCCCCUGCUGCCUCUUGCCAUGUCCGCCCGGUUCCGCCUGGCUAUGAGCCUGGCCCAGGCCUGCAUGGACCUGGGCUAUCCCUUGGAGCUUGGCUAUCAGAACUUCCUGUACCCCAGUGAGCCUGACCUCCGGGACCUGCUUCUCUUCUUGGCUGAGCGUCUGCCCACUGAUGCCUCUGAGGACGCAGAUCAGCCUGCAGGUGACUCAGCUAUUCUCCUUCGAGCCAUUGGGAGCCAAAUCCGGGACCAGCUGGCCCUGCCCUGGGUCCCACCCCUCCUUCGAAUGCCCAAGUUGCAGCACAUCCAGGGCUCGGCCCUCCAGAAGCCUUUCCGGACCAGCAGGCUGGCCAUGCCCGAGCUGAGUUCCAGAGGAGAGCCACGUGAGUUCCAGGGGAGUCCCCUGCUGCUGCCCGUCCCUGCCCAGGUGCCCCAGCCGGCGGGGAGGGCAGCCUCGCUCCUCGAACACCAUGCCAUCCAGCUCUGCCAGCAUACGGGCCAGGACCACCCAGGGGAUGAGGACUGGCUACGCCGAGCUCACCGCCUCCCACCCCAGGAGGAUACAUGGGCUCAGUGGCAGCGGCUGCAGAAGCACCUGGCUGAGCAUCUGCGCCAAAGCUGGGCCCCGCUGGGGGUCCCCACACAAGCCCGAGAUCUGGGGGAGCUGCUGCAGGCCUGGGGAGCUGGGGCCAGGACCGGGGCUCCCAAGGGCUCCCGCUUCAUGCAUUCCGAGAAGUUCACCUUCCAACUGGAGCCUGAGGCCCAGGCAGCGCAGGUGUCAGAUGUGCCAGCGACUUCCCGGCGGCCUGAACAGGACAUGUGGGCAGCUCAAGAACAGGAGCUCGAGUCCCUUCGGGAGCAGCUGGAGGGUGUGAAUCACAACAUUGAAGAGGUUGAAGCUGACAUGAGGACUCUGGGAAUCAGCCUUGGGCAGGUGGAGACCGAGUGUCGGCAGAGUAAGCUCAGCACCGUGGAGCAAGAGCAGGCCCUGCGCUUGAAGAGCCGGGCGGUGGAGCUGCUGCCCGAUGGGGCUGCCAACCUCGCCAAGUUGCAGCUCAUGGUAGAGAGUAGUGCCCAGCGGGUCAUCCACUUGGCGGGGCAGUGGGAAAAGCACCGGGUCCCGCUCCUUGCUGAGUACCGCCACCUGCGGAAGCUCCAGGAUCGCCGGGAGCUGGAAUCAUCUCGACGGCUAGCAGAGAUCCAGGAGCUGCACCAGAGUGUUCAAGCAGCUGCUGAUGAGGCCCGCAGGAAGGAGGAGGUCUACAAGCAGCUGGUGUCGGAGCUGGAGACUCUGCCCCGAGACGUGUCCCGGCUGGCCUAUACCCAGCGCAUCCUAGAGAUUGUGGGCAACAUCCGGAAGCAGAAGGAAGAGAUCACUAAGAUCCUGUCUGAUACCAAGGAGCUACAGAAGGAAAUCAACUCCCUCUCUGGGAAACUGGACCGGACGUUCACGGUGACUGAUGAGCUCGUGUUCAAGGAUGCCAAGAAGGAUGAUGCUGUUCGGAAGGCCUACAAGUACCUGGCUGCCCUGCAUGAGAACUGCAGCCAGCUUAUCCAGACCAUUGAGGACACAGGCACUAUCAUGCGGGAGGUUCGAGACCUUGAGGAGCAGAUUGAGACAGAGAUGGGCAAGAAGACGCUCAGCAACCUGGAGAAGAUCCAGGAGGACUACCGAGCCCUACGCCAGGAGAACGCCAGCCUCCUAGGCCGGGUCCGUGAGGCCUGAGGAGCACCCCACCUGCCCCAGCAGAGGUCUCCCCCCACCCCAAGCCCUCUGCAGGGAUUUGAGGUGUCAGAGGCAGUGGUCAAGUGCUUGCCCCUAGCCGUUUCCUCUGCUGUCUGACUCUUCUUGCUGUGGCCCUGGACCCUGUGCCCUGCCCACACCCCCCACCCCUGACCCCAACCCUGAUCUGGGGAGAUUGUCCAGAGUGGGGGAGCCAGGCCACCAUUUAUUGGAGGGAGAGGACUGGGGGUUGGGGGCCUGGGAUCCCAAAUAAAUGAGGGGCUCAGUCUUCA